GCCCCGCUGCAAGAGGAAACGGCCCGUAGAGUACCUGAUGCGCAAUCGACUCAGACCGAUUGUGAUAUUCUUACUUCCAAUCCUCUUCAGUCUUCUUUCUAUCGCUGCUGGCUUUACACUGUCUCAUAGUCAAGCACAUCACAUUGCACAAAGCAGAGAUUUACAUGCGCCUCUGUUUACCGGUUCCAGCCGCCCACUCACUGAUCCGUCGCUCUCAUCCACCGUCGCAAGUUUCCUUUCGGAGAGCACUUCGCUUCUCAGGGAAUAUGGCAGGAAAUGGAGAUUCUGGGUCUGGCGCCAAUGCUGGCGGUCCCUCUGAGGAUCAGAAGCAGAGGCGGUCGAGUUCUAUUCAUCCGAAGAAACUGAUCUUUGCCCCAGGAGACAUCCAAGUACCUGCCGGGUCACCUGAGCCCGUCAUACAAGCAACGGAAACAGCUGAUCCUUCUGCUACGUUCUCGAAGACAGCCAUUUCCCGCUUGACAGAGGAGAUACCCAGGUCCUACACAUCAACGCCGACCUCCGUCAUGGAAAGCCAUAUUGUUUCCCACCCUGCUCGCGCACAUCAAUUUGUGAGCAACCCUCCUCUCACUAUUUCGCAGCUACAUCCUACGAAUCCUCUCCGCCAAUUCAACGCUUGGUUCCAUGAUCCUAGGCUCCCUCCCUCAUCCGCGCCUGAAACUUGCACACUGGCGACCGCAUCUAUGCCCUCUGGACGGGUCAGCGCACGCGUGCUAUACCUCAAAGAAUUGGACGAGAGGGGAUGGGUGGUAUACAGCAACUGGGGCAGCAGACAAGGGAAAGGAAAACAAGUGUUCGGUGCUAAUGGUCCCGGUGAGGGUUGGACUAGCCCAGAAGAGGCUUAUCACAAUCUUGGACUUGACGAGAGCGACACAGGUGCUGCAGAGGAGCAAGACAUUUCCGCGGAGUUGGGCAAUAAGUGGGCAGCACUUACGUUCCUUUGGCCUGCUGUUGAACGUCAAGUCCGGAUCGAGGGUCUUGUGGAGCCACUCAGCAGGGAAGAGAGUGAACUGUACUGGCGGACGAGAGAGCGAGGCAGUCAAAUUGGCGGUUGGGCGAGUCACCAGAGCAAAGUUCUGUGGUCAGCAGAGCCCGGAACAUUACCUCCUAGACGGAAGAGCAAUGCUAAGCUCCUAGCGGAAGAUGAGACCAAUUCUCCUUCUGCUGAUCUAAAGGAGGACAUUAACAAGACGGACAUUGAUGAUGGACGCGGCUUGCUUGAGCAGCGAGUCAAGGAGAUGGAAGCCCGCUUUGCCGACACUGAAGAGAUCCCGCUUCCACCUUUUUGGGGCGGAGUCCGCAUCGUUCCAGAAUCGGUGGAAUUCUGGCAAGGCCGUCGCAGCAGACUCCAUGACAGAUUCCGCUAUGUACGAGUUGCUCCUAGAACCGAUGAAAACGGAGAAGACGUCUUUACGUGGCGCAUAGAGAGGCUGUCUCCUUGAGGACUCACUGCAGUUUACAAUUGCUAUUCCGAGACGUCUGAAAAUCGCUGCUCGCCAGUUGUGCCAGAGAUAGACUUGGUACUUACGAACAAGAAUCGCGUACUGAAAUAAUGACACUGACAUUCCGCCUAAUGAGAUCCCAAGUCGAAAAAUAUCAACACUCGGCGCUGGGAAAAGAAGAGGACGAGGGAAAGCACUCCUACCACUCACUACAAUAAUUCAGUUGUGUGUAUAUUCAAUCGAAAAGAAAAUUGUACAUAAUCAUUUCUAAUCCUUCUCUACUUCAUGAAAAGUAAUAUUAACUACUUUGUUCCGAUUUAAA